UGCGCCACAAGGGGGCAGCAUCCUGUCACCUGUUGGCUACUCACUGAACCAGACUCCGGAUAUUUCCCGCUAAUUUAACAACUUCCGCCAGUUAAUCAAACCCAUUGAUCUAUGCCUGUGAUCACACGAAACAAACACCACGGACAACACCUGAUGACACGUGCAGCAGGGGGCAGCAGCGGCUGCUUGAGGAGCAUAAAGCGGAACUCUUGUGUUUGCCGUGUUUCCUGCGGACGCCUGCAGAGUGGGACCGGUGUUCAGAAGAGGGCUGAUGACCGACUACUGAUCAGAGGACCGUGAUGCAGUGCGGCUGGCUUCAUUCAGGUCCGCAGUUGUGGCUCCGGUGCGUCCACAGACAGGUGAGGGUGACGGCGGGAAAGCAGCGGGAGGAGCACCGCGGCUGGCUACUGACCGUGGACCCGGUCUCCCACAGUGUGGCUCUGGUGAGUUUCGGGGAGGACGGUGCGUCGGUCCGGGUGGUUCUGGGUCACGCUGUGGAACACGUGGAGGUUCUGCAGGAACCGGACCCGGACACGGAGGAGCGGCUCCGCUCCCUCCUCCCGCCUCCGGAGACCGGCGGCCCGGAUCCGGGCGAGCGACGCCGGAGGAGGUCCGGAGUUCGCCGCUGGCUCCAGCAGAACCGGGUUCCGGUAGAGGAGGAUGGGAAUGAACUUCGGGUCGCCCGUGUUCUGACCAUCCGGGCCCCAUAUCGACCCGACGACUGCAGCAGCGCCAACCAGAUCAUCCUGGACAGGGUCCAGAGACUGCUUCGGGUCCAGCCCGACCCGGUUCCUGAUUCUGACCCUGUUCUGGAGACCAGCCCGGCUCCAGAGACUGCUCCGGGUCUAGAUGGACCCAUUCCACCUGGGCAUUGAGACGGAUCCAGAGCGGUUCUGGUUCAGUCUGGAUCCAGUUCCUGUUAAACUGGCUUUAGAUGAGCCAUCUGGUACCAAACAGGUUUCUGGACCACAGUCUGGAUCUAUCAGAAGCUCCUGAACAGAACCAGGUGGAAACGGGUGUGCAUGGCCCUUUAAAUCUGAGGGCUGAAGCCCCGCCCCUUCCUGCUGGUCUCCUCCAAUCAGCUGAUCAUGAAUCAGUUUAGUUUGAAUCCUUUCAAACCAAACUGACUUUCUGUUCCGGUUGUGUUUCUCUGGACCUCCUGUCAGCUAGCUGGGUUUAAAGUUCUGCAGAACCGGGCCACGGACAGUGCGGUCCUGAUUGGUCCAAUAAAUCAGAUUCUACCAUUAA